GCCGCACGGCACGCCGCUGCCCGCCCGCGGGGGGGAGAAGGGAGGUCAUCCGGCCGCCCUCCGCCUGACAGGACCUCGAAGGCCGGGAUGUGGCGGGUGCUGGCCAGGCGCCUGCUGGCGUGGCAGGGGGCUCGGCUGCCGGGGGUGGAGGGGGCUGCCCGGGGCCGCGCCUGGGGAGGCUGGGCCGCCGCCGCUUCCCGCUCCUGGGGGGCCCGAGAGGGGGGAGGGGGCCCCGCCGCGCUGCUGCCCCCCCGCUGCUGCCCCCCCGCGCCCCCCCGCCGCCACUGGUGCAGCCUCCCGCCCCACCAGAAGGUGCCUUUGCCUGCCCUUUCCCCCACCAUGCAGAUGGGCACCAUUGCGCGCUGGGAGAAGAAAGAAGGGGAGAAGAUCAACGAGGGAGAGCUGAUUGCGGAGAUAGAGACGGACAAAGCAACCGUGGGGUUUGAGAGUCUGGAAGAAUGCUACCUGGCCAAGAUUCUGGUCUCCGAAGGAACGCGGGAUGUCCCCAUCGGAUCCAUCAUCUGCAUCACGGUGGACAAGCCUGAACUUAUUGGCGCAUUCAAGGAUUACACUUUGGAUUCAGCAGCUGCCACCCCACCGGCGGGCUCAGUGCCGCCCCCACCUCCUCCAGCUGCUCCCCCAAAACCAGCAGCUCAACCAUCGACACAAGCGCCAGGCAGCUCCUAUCCUCCCCAUAUGCAGAUUCUCCUUCCUGCCCUCUCUCCCACGAUGACCAUGGGCACCGUUCAGAGGUGGGAAAAGAAAGUUGGGGAGAAGCUGAGCGAAGGAGAUUUAUUGGCGGAGAUCGAGACGGACAAAGCCACAAUAGGCUUUGAAGUGCAAGAAGAAGGUUACCUAGCGAAGAUCCUGAUAGCGGAAGGGACCAGAGACGUCCCCCUGGGAACCGUACUCUGCAUCAUAGUGGAGAAGGAGUCGGACAUUCCCGCUUUCGCAGACUACAGGGAUGCUGGGAUCGCCGAUAUCAAGCCUCCCGUGUCCCCACCGACUCUGCCCCCGAGCCCUGCGGUGGCCGUUUCAGCCCAGGCGGCAGCCUCUCCGGUCAAGGCUCCUGCACAUAAAGGGAGGGUCGUUGUGAGCCCUCUGGCAAGGAAACUAGCCACAGAGAGAGGGAUUGAUCUCGCCCAGGUGAAAGGUACAGGGCCAGAGGGACGGAUCACCAAGAAGGACAUUGACUCAUUCGUGCCAUCUAAGGUUGCCCCGGCCCGGCCACCAGAUGCAGUUCCUCCGGCUGUGCCAGCUCCUGCAGCUGCCCCCACAGGUGUCUUUACUGAUAUCCCCAUUAGUAAUAUUCGAAAGGUGAUUGCCCAGCGUUUGAUGCAGUCUAAGCAAACGAUACCUCACUAUUAUCUCUCUGUUGACGUCAACAUGGGAGAAAUAUUGGAGCUGAGGAAAGAGCUCAACCAGGAGAUGCCACAGAACACCAAGCUGUCCGUCAACGACUUCAUUAUUAAAGCUUCGGCUCUGGCCUGCUUGAAGGUGCCGGAAGCGAAUUCUUCGUGGUUAGAAACAGUCAUUAGGCAAAACCACGUAGUUGACGUAAGCGUGGCGGUCAGUACCCCAGCCGGGCUUAUAACGCCCAUUGUGUUUAAUGCCCACACCAAGGGCUUGGCCUCCAUCAACCAAGACGUCGUGACGUUAGCCAGCAAAGCGCGGGAAGGCAAGCUUCAGCCCCAUCAAUUCCAGGGGGGAACCUUCACAGUUUCAAAUUUAGGAAUGUACGGCAUUAAGAAUUUUUCAGCCAUCAUCAAUCCACCGCAAGCUUGUAUCUUGGCGGUUGGGGGCUCGGAGAAGAGGCUGGUGCCGGCAGAUAAUGAAAAAGGGUUCGAUGUGGCCAGCAUCAUGUCCGUGACCCUCAGCUGCGACCACCGCGUGGUGGACGGAGCCGUGGGGGCCCAGUGGCUGGCAGAGUUCAAAAGAUUCCUGGAGAAACCAGCCACCAUGCUGCUAUAACUUCUCAAAGGACUUUGGCAACCUGAUCGCUUCAUUCUAAAAGAAGCUAUUUAUAUAUCGGAGGGUUAGACUUUUAAAAAGAAAAAAAAAAGAUGUUUCCUUCUUUUAUUUUUUAAAGAAAAGUCUAUUAUAAACAGCGGCUGGUGACUUUUGAAUGACCAGUGACAAGAGAUUGCAAAAGGUUCUGUGGGUGGCCUUCCAAAGACAAAUUACAGCCGCGCUUUAUCGUAUUCGGUGGAUGGAUUGGCAAACUUUCCCCAGUUGUCGAAAACAAUCAUGUGUUGUAAUGCUUCCGAUCACAACGGUGCAGGGUAUCACGUCCUCUCCUCCCCAGCCCCCCAGCUAGCUGGCUCAGCCUUCAUUUUCAAUAAAACCAAGGAUUUGAGAUGAAAUAAGACCAAAAAAAAAAAAUUGAACCGUAGAGUUGGGACAAUUUAAAUCGGUGUUUCUCAACCUUGGCAACUUGAAGAUGUCUGGACUUCCACUCCCAGAAUUUCUGGGAGUUGAAUUCCAGACAUCUUCAAGUUGCCAAGGUUGAGAAACACCGAUUUAAAUUGUAAGCAGAAAAAAAGAAGGAAUCCUCCACUUGUGUUCUAAAUACUACAGAAAAAUAAAAAUAAAAGAUGCUAUCAUCUGAAAAUAGAUGACAUUCUAACUUUGCAGAAUUCAACUGUAAGCCAGAUGUUUUAGCAGCAGGGAAUCCUUUUAGCAGACUGCAAGAGAAGAUGAAAGUUUGAGUCAGAGCAGCUAAAACCGAACAGCCCUUUAAAAAUCCUUCUGAUGAUUUUGCCUUAUGUGAGUUUCCGUAAUUUGAGCUUGUGUUGUUUCGCUUCCUUUAUAGGUCAGUAAACGCAGUUUUACUCCAAACAGAAGCCAUUUGUUAGGGGGUCAGCUAAAGAUAGGCGACAUAUGGACUCCUUACAGACUCCCCCCCCCCCCCCCCGUAGGUCCCUCCUCCCCCGCUUAAUGGUCUAGACUGGGCAGAUUGGGGCUGUUUUCCCACUGAAAGGAACGUGAAGGUGCGGUUCCAUCCUUUAAGCAAGGUUUGUGUGCAGGAACGUGAAAACAAUCUUUCCUUCCUCCCACGUUGGAGGAAGGUUUGUGAAAUAUCCCAUCCCACACAGGAAGCUGCUGCUCCCCCUGAAAAAUGGGCUAGUAGUCUUAAGCAUGAAGCACUCCAGAGGUUCCCAAAAUCAGCCCAUAUUGCAGCUGUACUCGGCCUCCGGCGAUCUUGCAUUUGAAAUGGGACGUUGACCUCCGAAUAGCUGAAAUGAGAACUUUUGCUAACUGCAUGAAAGGAGG